UGUACCCAACUCUUUUUCACUCUUUCCUUUCUUCUUUCUUUUCGUCAUCCUCUGCCUUUCUUUCAUUCCUAUCAUCUCCUUCAUCUUUUUCAUUUCUCACAACCGCACUAAUUAACUGAGAUGAAGAACGAGAAUGAGAGUAUGAGUCACAACGAGUCGGCGCAACAGAUUACCCAUCGCUUUCAUGAGGAACAUCCCUUGGUGUUAGUGGCAGAGCAAAGCAAUGAAGGUCUCAAUGCCCACUGCGAUGGAUGUGGGGAACUGCUUUCAGCCCCAUGCUUCACUUGUAUUCAUUGCAAUUUUCACCUUCACAAGCAAUGUGCAGAGGCACCCCUUGAGAUUCCUAAUCACCCUCUCCAUCCCCAGCACUCAAACAUGGGUCUUUUUCUUCAACCAAGGCCAGGUUCUUAUGGUUGGGUAUGUGGUUGUGCAUUAUGCAAGGAAAGACGUAACAUGUUUUUUUAUCAAUGUCGUUGGUGUUAUUUUUCCAUUGACAUCAAAUGUGCUCAAUUAUCUUCAUUUAAGUUUAGCCAACUGUCCAAACAUGACAUCCACAAACAUCCAUUGACCUUCAUAGAAAGUCCCAUGGCCACAGAUGUACCCAAAAGAUUUAACUGCUCUUGGUGUCAUGAACCAUUGAUAGAUGCUAUAUAUCUUUGUCCCGACUGUCCAUUUAUCCUUCAUAAGAAAUGCUUUGAUCAUGAGUUACCCCCUGAAAUUGAUCACCUUACACAUCGCUUACACCCUUUUAUUCUUAAUCGUAGUGAUAGACAUUACUUGUGCAACCUAUGCCAAAAGCAACAUUCUGGACCUUUUUACGGUUGUUCUCUUUGCCAUUUUAACAUUAAUGUUGAAUGUGCUUGGCCGAGGUCUACUAUUGAAGAUAAAAGUCGUCAUCAACAUCCAUUCACCUUACUUAGGACACAAGGUUCAUUCAUUUGUGAUGCAUGUGGCACUGAAGGAAAUUAUAUUUUAUAUAUAUGUUCAACAUGCAGCCUCAUGGUCCAUAAGGAUUGCACUUCACUCCCACGCAUCAUCAAAUUUUCUCGACAUGAUCACUGUAUUUUUCACAAAUAUUUUCUUAAAUGUCUUACAAGGCAAUAUUGCAAGAUUUGUUUCAAUGAAGUAAAACUAGAUCGUAGGAGUUACUCUUGUAGGAAGCCAGGUUGCAAUUACGUUGUCCAUGUGAAUUGUGUCUUAGAGGAUGAACGCUUGUACGAUGUAAUUGAGGAAGAAAAGCAAUGGGAGGAGCUUUACAAAAAAUCUAUGCAGUCUUCCAUCAUUCGUGUUAUUGAGGUGAAUAAAGCUAGGGAAGCUACAAAGAUUCAACAUUUCAGUCAUCAACAUUGCUUGGUGUUAGCAGACAAGAUGGAGGAGGAAAUUGAUAGAAAAUGUGAUGGGUGCACGCUACCUAUCUCAAAUAUUUUCUAUUAUUGUUCAGAAUGCCCCUUUUUUCUUCAUAAAACCUGUGCUGAAUUGCCAAGAAUCAAGCAACAUUGGUUUCAUCAAAGCAAUGCCACCCUCAAUUUUGACAGCUUCAAAUGGUGUAACUUUUGCAAUCAAAACUUAAGUGGUUUCUUCUACAAUAUUGAAGGUUGGAAGAUGUGCUUAAGGUGUGCUAAAGUUGCUGAUAUCAUUGAAUGUGAAGGACACCAACACUUCCUCUUUUUUGAUUUCAAAUUCAAUGAGAAAUGUAAUGGUUGUGGCGGUAGGUGUUGGAAUGGUGCAUUCAGAUGUGCAAAUUGCAGAUUUGCUUUCGAUUUUGGAUGCUUAACAUUACCACAUUCAGCUUUUCACAAAAUUGAUGAACACAAGCUAAAGCUUACUUAUCGUGAUGAUAAGGAGCAAAGUUAUUGUGAUAUUUGUGAGCAAUAUAGAGAUCCAAGCCUUUUGUAUUAUUCUUGUUCAAUUUGUGAUACUUCUGCUCAUCGCAGUUGUGUUCUUGGAAAUUUUCCAUUUUACAAGGAUGAGAGCACACUUCCUAAUUAUGAACACACUCAUGAUCACGAUCUUCAAUUUUUUAGGAAGGUUGAGGGCUUCCCUGAAUGUUCUGAGUGUGGUAAGUUUUGCCAAGAAGAAAUUUUAAAAUGUAAAGAGUCUACAUGCGACUAUAUUCUCCAUUGCGAAUGUCUGCGCCUCUUCGUUUAAAGCUUUAUGAUGUGCUUUGCUCAAAUGGAAAGCACUAAAGGUUUUAUCCGGUCCAAAGAGUUCACAAAGGAUUUGACAUUUCAUUCCUACUUCUUCGAUGAAGGAUGCUCAAAUUUUAAGUGUGUUUUGAUUUAAGUGUUGGUUUGUUUAAAAUUUGUUUGGGUUUGUAUGAUUUGAACUCACUAUUAUUUUGUGAUUCAUCUAUGAUAUAUUUGAGUUUGUAAAAUUUGAUUUCAGUAUU